AUGACAAGCAAGAAGAAUGAGCACUCCUGUGCCUUUCUGGUUUCCAGAAGAUUACUGGAAGGUAAAAGUGACCCCUUUUGUGUAGUUGAAUUGAACAAUGACAGGCUGCUGACACACACUGUCUACAAGAACCUCAAUCCAGAAUGGAACAAAGUCUUCACCUUCAAUAUUAAAGACAUCCACUCGGUACUUGAAGUGACAGUUUACGACGAAGACCGCGAUCGGAGUGCUGACUUUCUAGGCAAAGUUGCAAUACCAUUGCUGUCUAUUCAAAAUGGUGAACAGAAAGCCUACGUCUUGAAAAACAAGCAGCUGACAGGGCCAACAAAGGGGGUCAUCUAUCUUGAAAUAGAUGUGAUUUUUAAUGCUGUGAAAGCCAGCAUCCGAACCCUCAUGCCCAAAGAACAGAAGUACAUUGAAGAGGAAAACAGGCUGUCCAAACAGCUGCUGUUAAGAAACUUCAUCCGGAUGAAGCGCUGCAUCAUGGUGCUCAUCAACGCUGCCUACUACAUCAGCAGCUGCUUCGACUGGGAUUCCCCUCCGAGAAGUCUUGCUGCUUUCUUGCUUUUUCUUUUUGUGGUCUGGAACUUCGAGCUCUACAUGAUACCACUGGCUUUGUUGCUGCUGCUGGUGUGGAACUACUUCUUGAUCAUAUCAGGCAAAGAUAACAGGCAACAUGACACAGUAGUGGAGGACAUGCUAGAGGACGAGGAAGAAGAGGAUGACAGAGAUGACAAGGACAGUGAAAAAAAAGGAUUUAUGAAUAGACUUUAUGCCAUCCAGGAGGUGUGUGUCAGUGUCCAGAAUAUCCUUGAUGAAGUGGCUUCCUUUGGAGAAAGAAUCAAGAAUACCUUCAACUGGACUGUCCCAUUCCUCAGCUGGCUGGCAAUUGUUGCCCUCUCUGUGUUCACCAUCAUCCUGUAUUUCAUUCCACUGAGAUACAUUGUCCUGGUCUGGGGCAUCAAUAAAUUCACAAAGAAGCUUCGAAGUCCAUAUGCCAUUGACAACAAUGAGCUACUUGACUUUCUCUCCAGAGUUCCUUCAGAUGUGCAAGUGGUGCAGUACCACGAGCUGAAACAAGACUCCAGUCACAGCCCGAGCAAGAGGAAGAAAAACAAUACUGGCUAG